UUGUCAACCAGUUUAGUUAUAACUUUUCUAGAAGGGUCCACACAUCAUCCAACCUAGAGACAGAGAUAGAGAUCAUUCUUUUCUUUAUUUGUACAAUUUGUCACGUGAUAUCCUUAGGUCACUAGUAAUUACAUCUUAGAAUUCACCUUAUAGACUCAUAAAGAUACGAGCCUGUAGCCAUAUAUUGACGGUUCAAUAUGGAUAUAAUGGGAAACCCAGUGAUGUCAACGGUGAUGUAAAAAGCAGGGAAGCCUCUCCAGUCUACCCGUCUUCGAUCCAGGAGACGACUUAAGAAUGGUUAGAGUGCGAUUUUUACACUUUUGUAGAACAGGGAGGUAAAAGACGCAAACCUUCGUCAACACACAAUGGUUAGAGACUGCUAAACCGUUUUCCCUGUUGUACUCUGGGGGGGGAAAAAAGGUAAAAUCCGAGAAAUAACUCAAACUAUAGGCUGCAAACGAAAGCGUCAACCAGUUUCUUAAAGGCGCAGCGGUGCCUACCAAAUGUCUUACUGACACCUUUAUUCUGGCCUGUUUUUGCGUCAUAGCGAGGUUCCCCACACAUCUGGCGUGUUCCAAGCCCAUCAGUGAAGACGGAUCGUGCGUAGAGGCUCUUCUAAAUUGUAUCAGAUUGAAUCAGAGUAUGCGUAAUUCUAUGUUGAGCACUGGAAAAAGACUCGUCGUUGAAUAUAACUGAAUAAUACUUCCAUUCAUCAGUAAACUGGAUAAGACGGAGACGGGACUCGAAGCAGCUACGGGGUUUUCCUCGUUUUCCCCUCGUUGUGAAUCCCAAUUUGACAGAGCCUCUUGCAGGGUGGAGUCGACCCCGUUUUUCGAGUAUUGAAGAGUCUGAUCAUUGGCACAUUUCACUCUGCAGGUUAAAGUCAUGAAGGACGGUAUGGCAAACAACAGCACUGCCAGUAUUUCCCAGGCUCGCAAAGCUGUGGAACAGCUCAAAAUGGAAGCCUGUAUGGACAGGAUAAAGGUGUCCAAAGCAGCAGCGGAUCUGAUGGCAUAUUGCGAUGCACAUAUACGAGAGGACCCACUGAUCGUCCCAGUGCCCGCCUCAGAGAACCCAUUCCGGGAGAAGAAGUUUUUCUGCACCAUCCUCUGAGAUAGGACCAGGAUGCAGCCUCAAUCUGGAGGAUACCGUAUCCCUGGCUGCUAGCGUUAAGCUGAGUUUGGGCAGCAGCCAUGUCUGUUGUUGGGUCAGCCCC